AUGGUGGCGGCAAUCGUGCCGAGCGACGAUGCCGCUGAGGGCCUGGUGCGCGGCGCACUCGACAUCGUGCAGCAUCUCACCCUCACGCCGUCGCUGCGCCUGUACGACCCAAACGGCAGACACCCGAUCAGCGAGGACGGGCCGCUCCAGAAG